CUUCUUGCAUCAGCUGUUUGCCCCGUCCACUGACCUCUCUCUCUGCUCUCCGCCUCUCACCUCCGUCCUCCAAAGGACGAAUCGGCACUCUGCCCAGUUCAUCUCCACGAUCACUGCUCGAUUCUCGAAGCAGGGGAGGCCAUUGCCACCGACCAACAAAAGUUGAAGGGGUACACACAUCUGCAUGCAAUUUCUGUCCUCUGGUUGCUAGCUGCCGCUUCUUUCAAGUUUCAACACUCCUUGCAACCCUCCACUCGUAGGAUCAUCUCCAUUUCCAAUCCUCCUUCAGUUUUGUAAAUAAUGAAGAGGCCCACCAGCAGCAGCCGAAAAUCCAAAAAACAAGGUGUGUUUGCUGCGAGAUCUUUUUCGUUUGUGUAGACUACUUGUGGAGUGCGUCAUGGCUGCAAAUCUGUUUGAAGCUUAAAUACAAGUGCAAACUGUACAAUCCAUCUGCAUUUGCGGAGAGGACCUGGCGUUCUCUGAGGAGGGCAGCUUGCCCGCGGUGACCAUGGAGCAGAAAGAUGAAGCCGAGAUGGAGGAGGUGGACGAGGAGGAGGAGGAGGAGGUCGACGAAGACAUGGCCGGCGGGCACGCGGCGCAGUCGCCGUCGCCGUCGUGCGGGCUGGGCGAGAAGAAGCGGCGGCUGGCGCUGGAGCAGGUGCGCGCUCUGGAGCGGAGCUUCGACACGGACAACAAGCUGGACCCGGACCGCAAGGCCCGCAUCGCGCGCGACCUCGGCCUGCAGCCGCGCCAGGUCGCCGUCUGGUUCCAGAACCGCCGCGCCCGGUGGAAGACGAAGCAGCUCGAGCGCGACUUCGCCGCCCUCCGCGCCCGCCACGACGCCCUCCGCGCCGACUGCGACGCCCUGCGCCGCGACAAGGACGCCCUCGCCGCCGAGAUUCGGGAGCUGAGGGAGAAGCUGCCCACCAAGCCGGCGGACACGGCGGCAUCGGUGAAGGUAGAAGCCGGCAAUGACGCGGCGGCCGGCGCCGCGGCCGCCACGGUGUGCAAGGACGGCUCGUCGGACGACAGCGACUCCAGCGUGGUGUUCAACGACGAGGCGUCGCCGUACUCCGGCGCGGCCUUCAUUGGAUUCGGCCCGUCGUUCUUGGUCGACGACGCGUCGGCGGCAACCGUGGGCUGCUCGUCGUCGCUCCCCGCGCUCGAGUCCAAAUGGCACGGUCCGUACUCCGACGACUCGUGCAAAGGCGGCGUCUAUGGCUUCACGGAGGAAUGGCUCGCUGCCUGCUCCGGCGAGAUGGCCGGCAACGACGCCGCCGGCUUCUUCUCCGACGAGCACGCCUCCAACCUCAACUUCGGUUGGUGCGCGAGUGGUAACGAGGGUUGGGAAUGAGAUUUUGAUCUCCACGGUUAGUGUAAAAAAUGGCAGGGUUAGUAGCACUGUGCAUAACCGCAUUGGCGCAUUGCAUGCUUGGAUGGAGCACGUACUUUUAGUUUUUUUACUGUACUCAUUUACUACCGCCUUUGGCUACCUGGCGUGCUUACUGCUAGUACUGUAGCAAAGUAGCAAGAAGUGGAACGAGCCUAGAGGACGAAAUUGAUAUAGGGUAAUUAACGAAGGAUCAAGGAUGUAAAUUUUAAGCCGCCAAGGGGUCGAAGAAGGAUAGCACAGGACAGCAAAGCAUAGCUGUCUGCGUUUUACUACCUGUGGUAUAUAUAUCAUACUAGUAUAUUAUAAAGCA